AUGAUUCGUCGUGCAUUUUUUACAAGUUUCCUCAAUCGACAGAUAACAAGAACGAUUUUUUCAUCUAAAAUAAUUAACAACAAUGUCGAAGAAACAGAAAAUUUAACUCAUUUUGGUUUUGAGACAGUGAAAGCAAGUGAAAAAGCUGAUAAAGUUCAUAAAGUCUUUGAAAAUGUAGCUGAAUCUUAUGAUCUUAUGAAUGAUGCAAUGUCAGCGGGAAUUCAUAGAGUGUGGAAAGAUGUUUUUCUUGAAAGAUUUUAUCCAACGCAAGGAACAAAACUACUUGAUGUGGCUGGUGGAACAGGUGACAUUGCUUUCCGAUACAUAAACUAUAUUAAAAAGCUCGUCAAAGCCAAUCCCGAUAACAAUGUCCAAAGUUCUGUAACUAUUUAUGAUAUCAACCAGCAUAUGUUGAAUGUUGGAAUGAAGAGAGCUGAACGAUUGGGAUUUCAGUCUAACGAGGCUCUUGACGUCGAUUGGGUUUGUGGUGAUGCCGAAAAACUUCCAUUUGAUGAUAAUCAAUUCACAGCUUAUACCAUUGCCUUUGGAAUUAGGAAUGUUACUAACAUAGACAAUGUUUUAAGAGAGGCUUAUAGAGUUUUGCAGCCUGGCGGUCGAUUUAUGUGUUUAGAAUUUAGUCACAUCGAAGACAGCAAUCUCCUACAAUGGCAAGCAUUUCAUCAUAAAAACAUCUACGAUCAAUAUUCGUUUCAAGUGAUUCCUCCCAUGGGGCAAAUUCUUGCAUCACAAUGGGAACCUUAUCAGUACCUGGUUGAAAGUAUAAGAAGAUUUCCAAAGCAACAAGAUUUCAAGAAAAUGAUUCGUGCAGCUGGUUUCCGGGCGGUUGAUUACGAAAACUUAACAUUUGGUGUUUGCGCUAUCCACUCGGGCUAUAAAGUUUGA